UGGAGUAGCAGUCACCAAAAGAAAAACGUAAAUAUUGCUGAAGAGCUUGGAGAUUUUUAAUUGAGUGACGAAAAAGUUUAGGGUUAUGAUUAUAAUAAAUUAGUGCAUACUGUUCCAAACAUAAGUAAAUAAUGCUGGUAAAUUUCUGUGAUAGUAGUUUGAGAACAGAUAUAACAUGUAGUACAGUAAGUACUGAAGGUUACGAGGCAGAGAACCUCAUAAAUAAUUCAGAAAAAGGCUUUUUAGCAUAUGCAUGCAUCAAACCUCCUGUGUCAAUAGACUUCUCUUUCAUCUGCAAUGUUCAAAUUAGUCAUGUCAUUGUUUGGCCUCAAAUUGGUGCACAAAAAUCUUCCGGGUUUCAGCUGUCAGUCAAAUCAACUGAUAGCAGUAAUCAACCAUUUAUUGAUGUUUCCUCUGCCUUUCUUCAAAAAACAGAUACUGGGCUAUUAUUUUACAGAAGAGACAUUACAAAUUAUACAGAAAUUACAUUACCAAAUACGUUUUUGAAAAGAUAUAUUAAGACUGCAAAUGUUGUGAACUAUGCAAAUGUUUUACGUCUUAGAAUAAUCAAAACUGAUAAUUCAGUUCCUGCUUUAAGCAAAAUUGAAAUUUGGGGAACAGUUUCUCCUAAAUGUGGAAAAGAUGUAGCUUCUAAUGUUAUGGCAUUAUGGAUGAAUCGACACAAUUCCUUAUCUGCUUCUCAAAUUUCUGUCCAUUCCACCGAUUAUAAAAAUCAAGAAAGUAAUAGAGGAAAGGAACAUAAUAACUUGCUUAAUGUACCAGAAGAUUUUUUAGAUCCUAUAACUUUUGAAAUAAUGACCCAACCAAUAGUUUUGCCUAGUGGUAAAAUAAUUGAUCAAAUGACUUUAGAGAAACAUGGACAGACAGAAGCUAUUUGGGGUAGGCCAGUUUCGGAUCCAUUCACAGGAAUAAGAUUUUCUGAAACACGUAAACCAGUAGCUGCUUUCUCUUUGAAAGCAAGAAUCGAUAAGUUUUUAUUAGAAAAUAGCAACUCUGAUGAAGUAAAGCAAUUACCUCGUGUAUUAGGUUCAAAAGUAGUUCAACAAAGGGAAAAUGUAAAAUUGAUAACUUGUCAAAAUGUCAAAGCUGUAAAUAUUGUAAGUACCAGUAAGAAUAACCAUGAUGCUGGCUUGAAAAAGAGAUUAGCAGCUAUAGAAGAAAAUAGUUGCAAUAAUAUCAAAAGAUCGUUUUAUGGACACUCAUUGCCAGUAGCAUCUGUAAGAAUCUCUACUGGUCAAAUUGCUAUUCAAAACAAAUCAAAAUCAAUAAUGAAAAAGCAGGAAAUAGCUAAACAGAAUGCUGUUGUUGAAGAAAAAUUAAAUUCAAGUAUUAAACUUAAUAGUGCAUUGACUUGUAAAUGCUGUACAAAUAGUAUAUUUUAUAAAUUACCAUGUGAUCAUGUUAUUUGUAGACAAGCUCUGUUAUCUCUUGAAAGCAAUAAAUGUGCUUUCUGCAAUAGAGAAUUUGAAAGAAGUGAUCUUCAAAGGUUUCACUUACAUGGCUAAUGUAAAUAAUGCUCCAUUUUGGUACUGAU